CCUUUCGGGGCGGAGAGGGGCACAAUGGGCGAGCGUGCAGCGUGGGGCCCGAGGCGCGCCCCUCCAGCCCCGGGCGGUGUGUGCGCGUCACGUGGGCCCCGCGGGGUCUACUUAAAGCCGUGGGCGCGUCCCUUUCAGCACCACUGGCGCCGGUCAGCGCCCCGAGCAGGAGAAGCCACGCCAGCGCCAGGAUGCCGCGCUCCUUCCUGGUGGACGCCUUGGUGCUGCGCGACAAGAAAGCGGGCUCCUCCUCGUCCUCCCCGGCCAGUCCGCCGCCCCCGCCGCUCUUCCCCUACGCCGUGCACCCCUCGCACCCGCUGCACGGGCUCUCCGCCGUCUCCGCCGCCUGCCCCGCCGCCCCCGGAGCCGCCUCGUCGGCCGGGCGCAAAGCCGGGCUGCUGUGCGUGUGCCCGCUGUGCCUGGCCGCCGCCUCCUCGCAGCUCCACCACCACCCGCCGCCGCCGCCUCCCCCGCCGCUGCUCAAGGCCGCCUUCCCGGCCCCCUUCGGCUCCCAGUUCUGCCCCUCUCCCUUGGCCGCCAGGCAGGCCCCCGCCGCCCCCGCCGCACCCUCUCUCUACCCGGCUGCCUUCCCGAUGCCGGACCCCCGGCACUUCCACUGCAUCUCCGUCGACAGCACAUCUGGCCAGCUGCCCAGCAGUAAGAGGAUGCGCACGGCCUUCACCAGCACGCAACUCCUGGAACUGGAGCGGGAAUUCGCCUCCAACAUGUACCUGUCGCGGCUGAGGCGCAUCGAGAUCGCGACCUACCUGAACCUCUCCGAGAAGCAGGUCAAGAUCUGGUUCCAGAACCGCCGCGUCAAACACAAGAAGGAAGGCAAGGGCGGGAGCGGGGGCAGCGGCUCUCACCGGGUCGGAGGGGGCCUGGCUCCCGCGGGGGGGCACAGCUGCAAAUGCGCCUCGUUUGCCGCCGCCUCCUCCUCCUCCAAAUGCUCCGAAGACGACGAGGACUCGCCCGCCUCGCCUUCUUCCUCCGGGAAAGACGAGAGAGACUUGCCCGUCACCCCUUAAGCCUUUGUGCCCCUUGUAAAUAAUGGACAAGAGACUCUGAGCCAGGCAGACUCUGUCAAGGCGUUUCCCUUCAUCAGAUGCCCAGGACUGUGUGGGAAGGGGAGUGUAAAAUAGCCCAACCAUUAGCCCUUUCCCUCACGAAAUGAAAUGAACUCUCCACAGCGAAAAGUGGGGAUCAGGCCCCAUGUUUCUCCCACUCUAGCUUUCCUUCUAGGAAUGGGGAGCCUGGGUUAUCUCUGUUGGUGUCUGGGCAAUUUGCUUUACUGCCUCCAAACCUUCCUUCAUGUAGAUCCCACCACACAGGAGGUCCUCCCAUUUGCUUUCAUGAGUGGAAAGGGGGACGUUAAACCUUUGGAGACUUGUUUCCUCUUAGCGUUUCAAUUCCCUUUUCUCGUCUCUCUCCCCAACCCCUUAAAACGGAUGAAGUGUCUUCGGCUGUGUGGUGGGCGGUCUGGCGCUACUGCUUGCUCACUGUAAUCCGCAGAGAUAUUUAUUUAUUUAUUUGUGUACACAUCCUGAGAAUAAAAUACAAUAAAGCCUUUUCCACCCCUC